CACUUAAUCAUAGCAGACACCCUGUAACAGUUCCCCUCCAGUCCAGCAGAGGGCGCUGUUCUUUUGAUAAGAUUUUGUUUUACUGAUUUGUUUCCCCAGCAUUCAAAAAGAAGAAAACGACAAAAGGGCCAAGGCAGUGUUGAAAGUCGAAGGUCGAAGCUGAGGGCUAUGGCUCGUGGGCAGCAGAAGAUUCAGUCUCAGCAGAAGAACGCCAAAAAGGCGGCAGAGAAGAAGAAAUCUCAGGGUGCCGACCAGAAGACUGCUGCCAAGGCUGCGCUUGUGCACACCUGCCCCGUGUGCCGGACACAAAUGCCUGACCCAAAAACCUUCAAGCAGCACUUUGAAAGCAAGCACCCCAAGUCCCCCAUGCCCCCUGAACUGGCAGACGUUCAAGCAUAAGGAUUGCUUAUUGCACCUGAACCUGGAUACACGACGACCACGGAUCGAGCGCUGAGUCGCUGCACCUGAAGGAUGACGAUCGCUGGGUCCUGCCCGUGUUCGUGGACAUUGGGAGGGGGUGGGUGUGUCUGUGCUUUGGCUGCUUGUGUGGGGAAACAAUGAGGCAUCCAUAAACACACCAGCAGCCCGUUUUGUAUUUAUUGUUUAAAGCUCAAAGGGGUGAGGGAACGCGUUCCUCCUUCACCGACGCUGCAGCCGUCAGGACCCCCCCACAGCAGCAGUUUCACGGCUGUUGCUAUCAUGUUCAUGUCAGUUUAACAGGACGUCGUCCGCUCCGCACUCUGGCUCCUCGGUGCUGCUGUGUUCAGCACAACUGUACCUCACACACAACUGCAUUUCACUUUUCUGUUGUUCUCCCCCCACAGCCACAUCGCCCACCUCCCACUUUGAACCAGAACCAUUUGUUUUCUCAUAAUUUCCUUUGAAAAUAAGACUGCUCAUUGAUGCGUUCCGUUGACUAAAAAGCCCAAAGGACUGAGUGAAUUUUAGUGGUGAAAAUGUUUCUUUACAAACUGUCAAAAUAAAAGUUUAGUUUCAUUGUAUUGUUUUUUAAUCUCUUUUGAAUAAAUGAAGUAAUGUAA